AUGGAGGCCACCCGAAAAGCUAAAAAAGGUGCCGCGGGUCACAAAGCAGGCGGCCCAAGGAGGAAGGCCAUCACCCGGUCUAUCAGAGCCGGUCUGCAGUUCCCGGUCGGUAGAAUUGGCGGUUAUUUGAAGAAUGGUCGUUAUGCCAAACGUGUCGGAACCGGUGCUCCGGUUUAUCUCGCUCCUGUGCUUGAAUACCUUGCUGUUGGAGUGUUGGAAUUGGCGGGAAACGCAGCAAGAGACAACAAGAAGAACAGAAUAAACCCAAGGCAUAUUCUGUUGGCAAUUAGGAAUGAUGAUGAGCUUGGAAAGUUUUUGGUUGGUGUGACAAUUGCUCAUGGUGGUGUUCUACCAAACAUUAACCUAGUUUUGUUACCAAAGAAGACGGCUGCGAAAGAGUCGAAAUCGCCUUAA